AUGGGUCAACGUGGAAAGGGAGGUCGUGGCGGCAGAGGAGGACGAGGUGGUAGAAAUGGUGGAAGAUCAAGAGACAAUCAAGUCGACACUCGAUGCAGCUUUGAGAAAGUUCCAAAAUCCAACGAAAAAUUCGAGAGAUAUUACAACGAACUUUUGAAUUUGGAAGAGGCAGAGAAAGAAGAGUUCUGGGGAGCGUUGAAGAGAGAAUUACCAAAUAGUUUUCGAUUUGCGGGGUCAAAAGGUCAUGCAAUUGCGGUUCAAAAGCAAUUAAAAGAACGGUACAUUCCCGAAAUUUCGGAAAUCAAGCAAUUCGAUGGCAGUCCAGUUGAACCUCCGAUGCCAGUUCCAUGGUAUCCCGAUGAGCUCGCAUGGUCGAUGAAGACAUCGAAAACUGUCAUCCGAAAAUCUCCCCCCUUUGCCAAAUUCCAGAAAUUCUUGGUUUCAGAAACCAGCGUCGGAAAUAUUAGUAGACAGGAGAUUGUCAGCAUGAUUCCACCUUUGGUUAUGGACUUGAAACCUGGAAUGACAGUUUUGGAUAUGUGUGCUGCGCCAGGAAGCAAGGCAGCUCAGUUGUUGGAAAUGGUACACCAUGGAGAGGAAACCAGAGUUCAAGCAGUCUUGAAAGGAGACGGAAGCGCAGACGCAGAAUUGGAGCUUGAUCCAAGUGAUGAUGGAAGAGCUACAGGUUUAUUGAUCGCCAAUGAUGCCGACUACAAAAGAAGUCACAUGUUGAUUCAUCAACUUAAACGACUUUCAUCCCCCAAUCUUAUCGUCACCAAUCAUGAUGCUACUAUGUUUCCAUCAAUCAAACUUCCACCUACGCCAGAAAACCCCGCGACCAACCGAUACCUCAAAUUCGAUCGAAUUUUGGCCGAUGUACCUUGCUCUGGAGAUGGUACAACCAGAAAGAAUGUCAAUUUGUGGAAGGAUUGGAAUCCUGGUAAUGCACUUGGACUUUACGUCACACAGGUUCGCAUUUUGGUUAGAGCUCUUCAAAUGCUCAAGGUUGGUGGACGUGUUGUCUACUCUACAUGUAGUAUGAAUCCUAUUGAGAACGAGGCAGUCGUUGCUUCUGCCAUUGAAAGAUGUGGUGGACCCGAGAAGGUCAAAUUGGUAUCUAGCGAUGAUCAAUUACCUUUACUCAAGAGAAGACCAGGUUUGAGGACUUGGACCGUCAUGGAUAAGAAAGGUCGUGUUUGGAAAUCCUGGGCUGAAUUACAAAAAUUCAUUGCGGAAAAUGGACAAGAUGACUGGACUGGUAGAUUGGUUGAGGGGAUGUUUCCACCAACUGAUGAAUCUAUGUCAAGUGUUCCUUUGGAUCAAUGCAUGCGCGUUUACGCACAUUUGCAAGAUACUGGUGGUUUCUUCAUCACAAUUUUGGAGAAACAAGCAGAAUUCAAGGCAAAGCCAGAAUCGGAAAAUAAAAAGAUUGCACCAAAACCUCCCAUCACAGCAAUUGUUGAUGAGAUCGAGUCUGCUCCUCCUCCAAAGGAUGGUGAGACUGUCGCACCGAAAAUUGAGGCAGCUGAUGAACUUACUCAUCCCACCACAUCUACUCUCGAUGAACUCACACCCGCAGCACGUCAAAACCAGGAACAAACUGGGUCUGAUGCAACACACAUCAUUGGUUCUAAGCGUCCUGCCUCAGAGAUCGAAGACACCGAAAUGGAUGCCGCUAUUGAGAACAAGAAAUUAAAAACGGAAGAUACCGAAAUCCAUGCACCCACCGAGGGUCGUACAGAACAUUACCCACCACCACCAGGUGCAGAGCUAGACCUCACAACUCGUCCAGGCGAUCUACGAGCCGAUGCUCCACCAAAGAAACUUCUUAACAAGUACGGCCAGAAUCAAGCAUUUGAAGAGGCAUUCAAAUAUAUUCCUGGUGACCAUCCUCAAGUUCAAGAUAUUGAAUCGUUCUACAAGUUGAGUGAGAAGUUCCCAAGAGACAGAUUCUUGGUUAGAAAUGCAACUGGUGAACCAGCCAAGACCAUUUACUACACAACUGCGUUGAUUAGAGAUAUCUUGAGCGAGAAUGAAGGAAAGGGAAUAAAGUUCGUCCAUGCUGGUGUCAAGAUGUUCAUGAAACAAGAUGUACAAGGCGAAGGUGUUUGCAGAUGGCGUAUUCAAUCUGAAGGUAUGCCAAUUCUUCAAGGUUAUGUUGGAGAAGGAAGAGUUGUCAAUUUGUCCAAGAAAGAGACUCUUCGAACUCUCUUAAUUGAGAUGUUUCCUAAAGUAUCAGGCGAUUCGUGGAAGGAACUUGGAGAGAUUGGAGAACGAGUAAGAGAUAUCGGAAUGGGAUGUUGUGUUUUGAGAAUUGAACCAGGUGAAGGCGAAGAUGCUUUCACCGAGAGAAUGGUUCUUCCUUUGUGGAGAAGUAUGCAUUCGCUUAAUUUGAUGUUGGCAAAGGAGGACAGAAGUGCCAUGUUAUUGAGAAUUUUCAAUGAUACCACGCCUUUGGUUAAUAAUUCAGUGGGAGCUCAGAGGGAAGCGGAGCUCAAGAAGGAAGGAGAAAGCAAGACGGAGGUAGCUCCAGGAUUCAAGGUUGAGAAUGGAGAGAUCAAGGCUGAUGUUGAUGGUGGAUUAGAGGGUGCGGCUGCCACAGCAGUAAAGAAAGGCGACCAGAGAGAUGGAGAUGUACAAAUUAGAGAGGGACCUUACGAUACCUUGGUUGCGGGUGUAGAGCAGGUAGCUAAUAGAGGUGUGGAUGUUAAAGCCGAAAAAAUUGAGAAGGGCGAGGAGACUGGUGGAUCGGAAGUACAAAUGGGUGGUAUGGGUGGAAUCGAAGGACAGGAAGGUGGUAUCGCUUAG